GUUUAUUGAAAUUUCUUUAAACUAUCUGCACGUGAGAUACAGUGUAAAAAGUGUUGGAAAAACUUUUAAAUUAUGAUUUAUAAGUUCGUGUCUAUGCAUGGUAACGAUUGAAAAUUCAAGACAUCUGUCUGAUAAUGAUUAUACAUCUGAAAGGUUGUACAUACGACGAUGUAACUUCCGUGCUUAUAAAGAAGAGGAAAGUCUUUUGGGAUGAGUUCUUUUUUAAAUAUUCCCAAAAAAUGUCGUAUGAAGUUGAAGAUGAAGAUAUUGUCACGAGAGUAUCGUCACGAAUGAAAAAGAACUUGGUAAGUUCUACACAGCAUUGGGUAAAUACUGGUUAUUUUCCUUAUUCCAUGUAUAAAAAGUCAGAUAUGUGUUUAAAAACAUGUUCUCGAUAUAAGAAAGUAUCUUCAAAUUUAUUACAUCGCCGUACCAUAGAAGAGAAAUCGAUUAAAAACGAUGAAAAACAAAGAUUUUGUGAAAAUUCCAAUACCACCUCUGUCGAUACUAUGGCAUAUAUAUUGUCAAAUAUGAACAGAACAAAUAAAGUUGAAACCAUGGCUAUCAUAGAAGGAGCAAAACAUAGUAUAUCAACAAAUUCUCAGAAUGUAAUCUGUGAAAAUACUGAGUUGAUAAAACGUCUAGAUAAAAUGUCUAGAAAAAAUUGUGGAGAUCCAGUAUCGAAUGUUAAUAAUAAUAAUAAUCAAAUAUGCUCUUUUGCACCUUCUUCUGAAAAAAUAAAACAAGAAAAGAAUGACCUACAAAAGACUAGAACUGCACUAGAGAAGAGUGUAGAUACAAGUAUUAACAAAAUUCUGUUGCUUGAUACGGUUAAAAAAGGCAAAGAAUUGUUUCAUGACUCUAAAUCUCAUUCCAAUAAACAGUUCAGUGAGAAUAUUAAUGUCAGUGGAGAAAGUAAUUCGGAUACACAGAAUUCGAUUACAAAGUCGUUGAAUACCGAACAAAAUGACUCGAUAGAAAAAGACCCUAUAUUGCAAAAUAGUCCCGUAACGGUGGGUCAUCGUAGAAAACUGUAUAGCGAAAGAAGAUCACCUAUCGAUCUCGUCGAUAUGCAAAUCGGUAACGAGAAUAUUACGAUGUCUAAAUUAACCCAGCAUUUGCAUUCAGCAAUAUAUACUAAACCUGAAGUUAAAAAAGAGAAUAGAACAUCCGUGAUAAGCAGAUCAAAGAAUCGCUUUUUCGUGUUAAAUAAAAAUUCCGAGAAGAAUAACAACUCGCUCUAUACAAAUUCUACUGUUACAGAUAGUUCGAUGACAAAUCAAAAUUUAUAUAUAGAUAAAUCUUUGUCAACUGAUGUAGUUUGUUUAAGGCGGCUAACAGAAAAUAGCGAAUCAACAUUUCCGAAUUUAUUGCUUGGUAAACCGGAAAUCGAAUACUUGUCCGACAAUAGCAGUUAUAGUUUAAACAGUAUACAAAUUUGUAAAUGCGACAAUUUUGAUACUAGCGAAACCUAUGACGACGAAGAUAGUAUCAAAUCUGCUUCGAUAGUAGAAACUAGAACGUUACGUUCCGAUGAAUCGGAAACAGUUUGUAAAGAUAAUCAUGGCAAUAAUGUACGUAUAGAUAGCGAUCAAAAGUGUUUUUUAUCCGAUGGCGAUGACGAGUUUACAAACAUUGUACAGAAGUAUUACACAAACUGGUAGUAAGUCAUCAAAUUCCAUGCAAUAUUGGGGCGAAUGUAGUCUCAGCUUUUAAGAAUCAAUUUUUACGCUUCAUUUUCUUCAUCGUUCCCUGUUCAUAUUUAUUCAGUAUCGCCGGUUUAAAGCUUCAAGAUCAAUGGCUAGCUGCCCUUCUUUUCCAACGAAUCAUCGAGAUUCAUGGAAACGUUCGUAAGGAGAGUAUAAGACUUUCGGGAUCACAGAUUUAAUUGUACAAACAAACUCAAUAUUUUUCGAGUUACUCCCAUUUAAAGCUGUCGAAGCCUUAAAGGAUCAUACAGAUGGAAAUCAGUUGGCAAAAUGUCUGAAUUUCAUGUACGAUGUUUCAAUGCUUCCUAGUCAUUUUCUUCUUGUUGAUUUUUUGCUUUUUGUUGAUGACUCUCUGUCGAUCGAUGGAUCGCGUCCUGUUAUCCUGUUUAUGAUCAUUGACUUA